CAUAACAGGAGUUAACUUACUGAUUCGAAUUUAACAAUUUUUCUAAUAAUAAACAGAAACCUUCAAGGUUAAAUCAAGCAUAACUGACUAUAAAGGUGGCUCUCGGAAAAUCCGUGAUAGCCUUCAGCGAGCAAAAAAUUCAUUUGAUGGCCAUAUUGUGCAGGAGGCCGAAGCAUGGUUAAGUCAGCAUCCAUUUACACAUGUAAGACGACGCCGACUUAAUAUAUCAACUUCAUUUAAACAGCAGGGAAAAGCUGCGAAAUUUCUAAAUACAUUUAAGUUCCAAGAACAAAAAAAAAAACGGACCUAUGAAUUGCAAUACUGAAAAUAUGCCGAUCAACUGUGUUCCUUGGAACGAAAAUGUACAGCCGAAGGAACAAAAAAGGAUCCUAUUAUGUCUGUUGGUAAUCGUAAUUACGGCACUAGAUCUUCAAUAAAAAGAGAUAUGCGCCAUGGUGGACAGUGUAGAUAUACCUCAGUGUGUGUCACCAACGAGUAUAAUACAUCGCAAACCUGUGUGUUCUGCUUUUCUAAAACAAACCAUCCGUACCGCAUAAUCCGAAAAAACGGAAAUUCUGUUAUUCAAACAAUCAAUGGAACAAGCUCAGAAUGUGUUUCGGUACUCAAUGCUCAUUCGCAUAAAAAAAGAGACACAGUGUCAGCCCUUGCCAUUGGUCUUACAUGUGUAGCAAACUUGCUAUUCUAUACAACUUUUCCAUCUUUUCAUCCUAACAUAAGUCAGUCUAACACUGAUUUCCAGAAUAUUGACUGAGCUUUUUUAAAAGGAAAUGUUAGUGGCCUGACUAUCGAUGAUAGGGAUAUUCUUUAGUAGAGUAUAAAACAUUCAUACUGCACACAAACUUAAGCAAUGUUAACUUUAAAUAUUGCAGUUUGGCUCCCUAUAUGGUAAACACAGCUAUUUUUGUUGUUUAGUGUGAUAAGGUGAACAAACCCCAAAAAAAAUUGCUCUUGGACCAU